AGCGCAAAGUGGGCUGAGUUCCCGCCAGGGCUGCUCCCGCCCUUUCCCGGGACCCAGCCCCUCCCGCGCCGCGCGGGGCCCGCCCCGAUCGUCCGUCGCGGGCCGCCGGGCACCGCCGGGCAGGAGGACGACGUGGCCGCUCCUGCCCUGUGGCGCCUGCCUUCUUCCCUCAGCUGCCCCUCCCCACGCUCUCCUUCGGUUGCUCCAUUUUUCAGGCGUGUUUUCCUCAGACGGCGGCGUCUGUCCCCAAACCUUCCCCCUCACUCCCCUCGGGGACCCCGCUUCUCGGACUCUCGGCGCUCGCAGCGCCCCCUUAGGCGGCCGCCCCAGCCGCCCCCGGGCACCGGCGGGGCCAGGCGCGCAGGUACCUCAGCGCCGGCAGGAAGGCGCGGCCGGCCCGGGGGGAGGCGCUGUGCUGCGGGGCCGCCCCCUCGCGCCCCGGGCGCCGGCUGCGGCCCGGCCUCCCCCUCGUCCUCCUCGUCCUCCUCCUCUUCCUCCGCCCUCCUGGGCUGGGAGAGUGGGAGGCGGCGGCGGCGGCGGCGGCUGCGUGUGCGCGCGGGAGGGGGGCGGCAGAGAGGAGUCUCCCGGUGCCGCGGCGGCGUCAGAGACACUGCGAGCGACGAGCGCGGCGGGGCCGCAUCUGCCUCGGCCGCCGCCGCCGCCGCGGGGCCACGAACAAAGAGGAGGAGCCGAGGCGCGAGAGCAAAGUCUGAAAUGGAUGUUACAUGAAUCACUUUAAGGGGUGCCCACAACUAUGAACAUUUCUGAAGCGGUUUCUGCAGUAAACUAGAUAAAGAUGGAUGAAUCUGCCUUGUUGGAUCUUCUGGAGUGUCCUGUUUGUCUAGAGCGGCUUGAUGCUUCUGCAAAGGUCUUGCCUUGCCAGCAUACGUUUUGCAAACGAUGUUUGCUGGGGAUCGUAGGUUCCCGAAAUGAACUCAGAUGUCCCGAGUGCAGGACUCUUGUUGGCUCGGGUGUUGAGGAGCUUCCAAGUAACAUCUUGCUGGUCCGACUUCUGGAUGGCAUCAAGCAGAGGCCUUGGAAACCUGGCCCUGGUGGGGGCAGUGGGACGAACUGCACAAAUGCAUUAAGGGCUCAGAGCAGCACGGUGGCUAAUUGUAGCUCAAAAGAUCUGCAGAGCUCCCAGAGUGGACAGCAGCCACGGGUGCAAGCCUGGAGCCCCCCUGUGAGGGGUAUACCUCAGUUACCAUGUGCCAAAGCAUUAUACAACUACGAAGGGAAAGAGCCCGGAGACCUUAAGUUCAGCAAAGGUGACAUCAUCAUUUUGCGGCGACAAGUGGAUGAAAAUUGGUACCACGGGGAAGUCAACGGGAUCCAUGGCUUUUUCCCCACCAACUUUGUGCAGAUUAUCAAACCGUUACCUCAGCCCCCACCUCAGUGCAAAGCACUUUACGACUUUGAAGUGAAAGACAAGGAAGCAGACAAAGAUUGCCUUCCGUUUGCAAAGGAUGAUGUUCUGACUGUGAUCCGCAGAGUGGAUGAAAACUGGGCUGAAGGAAUGCUGGCAGACAAAAUAGGAAUAUUUCCAAUUUCAUAUGUUGAGUUUAACUCAGCCGCCAAGCAGCUGAUAGAAUGGGAUAAGCCUCCCGUGCCAGGAGUUGACGCUGGAGAAUGUCCCUCAGCGGCGGCCCAGAGCAGCACUGCCCCAAAGCAUUCUGACACCAAGAAGAACACCAAAAAGCGACACUCCUUCACCUCCCUCACCAUGGCCAGCAAAUCCUCCCAGGCGUCCCAGAACCGCCACUCCAUGGAGAUCAGCCCGCCUGUCCUCAUCAGCUCCAGCAACCCCACGGCUGCCGCUCGGAUCAGCGAGCUGUCCGGGCUGUCCUGCAGUGCCCCUUCUCAGGUUCACAUAAGUACCACUGGGUUAAUUGUGACCCCACCCCCAAGCAGCCCAGUGACAACUGGCCCUUCAUUCACUUUCCCAUCAGAUGUUCCCUACCCAGCUGCCCUCGGAACUAUGAAUCCUCCUCUUCCCCCACCCCCUCUCCUGGCCUCUACACCUCCGGGCGCUGCUGCUGCUGCUGCUGCUGGGAUGGGACCAAGGCCCACCACAGGACCCACUGACCAGAUUGCACAUUUACGGCCUCAGACUCGCCCCAGUGUCUAUGUUGCUAUAUAUCCAUACACUCCCCGGAAGGAGGAUGAGCUGGAGCUGAGAAAAGGGGAGAUGUUUUUAGUGUUUGAGCGUUGCCAAGACGGCUGGUUCAAAGGGACUUCGAUGCACACCAGCAAGAUCGGGGUUUUUCCUGGCAAUUACGUGGCACCGGUCACGAGGGCGGUGACAAAUGCUUCCCAAGCUAAAGUCCCUAUGUCUACUGCUGGUCAGACCAGUCGGGGGGUGACCAUGGUCAGUCCUUCCACUGCAGGGGGGCCUGCCCAGAAGCUCCAGGGAAAUGGUAUGGCUGCGAGUCCCAGUGUUGUCCCCACAGCCGUGGUGUCAGCAGCUCACAUCCAGAGCAGUCCUCAGGCUAAGGUCUUGUUGCACAUGACUGGGCAGAUGACAGUCAGCCAGGCCCGCAAUGCUGUGAGGACAGUUGCGGCACACAACCAAGAACGCCCUACGGCAGCCGUGACGCCCAUCCAGGUACAGAACGCCGCCUGCCUGGGCCCCGCGUCUGUGGGCCUGCCCCACCAUCCCUUGGCCUCCUCACAACCUCCACCUUCAAUGGCAGGCCCUGCCACCCACGUCGCUGCCGUCAAUAUGGGUCGAGUCAAUGCCCCCCUGGCCUGUGCUGCAGCUGCUUCGCUGACCUCCUCGAGCAUCAACACCACCUCCCUGGAGACUGAGCCCAGUGGCCGGACAGUGACCAUUCUCCCCGGACUUCCCACCUCUUCUGACAGCGCUUUAUCAGCUUGUGGGAACAGUUCAGCAGCUAAGCCAGACAAGGAUAGUAAAAAAGAAAAAAAGGGUUUGUUGAAGUUGCUUUCUGGCGCGUCCACUAAACGUAAGCCGCGAGUGUCCCCUCCAGCCUCGCCUACCUUGGAAGUGGAGCUGGGUGGCGGCGAGUUUCCUCUGCAGGGAGCGGUGGGUCCUGAGAUGCCGCUAGGGGGCGCCCACGGGAGGGCGGGCUCCUGCCCUGCGGAUGGGGAUGGCCCGCCCACAGCCGCGGCUGCAGGAGCGCCUCUGGCCCAGGAUGCCCUUCAUCGCAAGGCUAGCUCCCUGGACUCGGCGGUUCCCAUCGUUCCACCUCCUCGUCAGCCGUGCUCGUCCUUGGGCCCUGUCAUGAAUGAGUCUAGGCCUGUUGUUUGUGAAAGGCACAGGGUGGUGGUUUCCUAUCCUCCUCAGAGUGAGGCAGAACUUGAACUUAAAGAAGGAGAUAUUGUGUUUGUUCAUAAAAAACGAGAGGAUGGCUGGUUCAAAGGCACGUUACAACGUAAUGGGAAAACUGGCCUUUUCCCAGGAAGCUUUGUGGAAAACAUCUGAGGAGACGAACAUUGAGAAUGCUUAAAGUCACAUCACACAACAAAAUAGCACAAAGCAGUUUAAUGGAAAGAGCACACUUGUGGACUUCCAGAUGGUCAGGAGAUGAGCAAAGGAUUGGCGUGUGACCCCAGUGCCCCCAGCACAGUUAGACCAGCGAAAAGCAUGAAGAAGGCGUGUGUGUGGGUGUUAUCACUCUGGAUUCUGAUGUGUAAGGUGUGCCUUGUACUGAUUUACUAUACAGAGAAACCUUUUUUUUAAAAAAGAUAUAUAGCUAAAAUGGACAAUUGUUUACAAGGCUUAACUAAUUUAUUUGCUUUUUUAAACUUGAACUUUUCUUGUAAUAGAUAAAUUCUUUGGAUUAUGAUUUUAAGAAAUUAUUAAUUUAUGAAAUGAUAGCUAAGGAGAAGCUGGAUUAUCUCCUGUUGAAAGCAAGAGAUUCUUUUUGACAUAGAAUGAACCGCCCCCCACCCCGAACCCCCCCCCCCUUGCAAUGUUAUAUUUUGUUCUUUAAGACAGAAAUACCAAUUCUGUAAUUUGUCUUUCCUCUUUGGGAAACCAAAACACACAACUGAAUCCGUAUCAAUAAGGGCCUGGGGUAGGGAGACAGAAACUUGGGAGAAAAGAAGUUCGUGAUUCCCUGUCUUUCUGGUUUGGUCGGGAAUCACCUGUGAGAUGUAGUCCUCCAUUUAAUUUUGUGGGUUUUUAAUUUCCCUAGAAUGCAGUCAAUGGAGGGAUACAGAAGAAGAAAGCACAACCCUGAACAAAAAUGUAUUCAGAAAUAUAUUUAGUUUUCUAACAGAAGCAGCUCAAUUUAUUGGUUGGCAAUUAGGAAAAUUGAAGUUGUACUCCUGUCUGAGAAUGGCUCUGACAUGUAAUUGCCCGUUUUACCCUAAGUCAUCUGCAUGCCCAGGACACAAUAAAACGUUUGUGAGAUAGCGGUGGUAAGUGAUGCCCUCGUGCUAAGUCAAAGGCUAUAAGGAACACUGUGAAAAGUUUAUGUUCAUCCAUUGUGAUUCUUUUCUCACCGUCUUGCAUGUAUUACUGGAUUCCCACAGUAAUCUAGACUGUGCAUGGUGUGUUUAUUUCAUUGCAAUUUCCUGUUGAAAUGAGUUUGUGCUCAGGAUUGACCAGUGCAGGAGGUGUAAAAUAAACAUACUAUUUUCUCUACCCCAAAGCCACUACUGACCAAGGUCUCUAGUGCACUCGCUCCCUCCCUGGCUAAGGCAUCCAUCAGCCAUUACACAAAUCAUCCAUGAAAAUGCUCCUUUACGUCCUCCCAGCUGACAGAUGUAAAGGAUGCGCCGGGAGACUGCUCCUGUGACUGUUCUCUUGCAGCUCUGGGAGGCUUGGUGUGAGUGAAAGUGUCCACACCUUACAAUUGGGGCAGGAUCCAGCUGAGCCCAUCUUUUUAUAUCCGUUCUUUGAUGUCAUUGGCCUCUUCUCCCAAUUUCAUUCUGGUGCCACGCAGUCGUGGGUAUGGGUAGUCCUAAAAACAAAAGGAGGGAAGACAGCCUACUAAUGAAUGAGAUCGUUGCCACAGUUUUCUCAUAAAAAAACAACAAAAAAAUAAAACCGUUACAUUUUUUACUUUUUAGAAUUACAACUGGGAAACGGAAACAUGAACUGAAAAGUCUCCUUGCAAUAGCAAGAGUUCUCAUGGUCUUAAAAAGAUAUAUUAUGUGGUUGAAAUGAAAUCAUUCCUAAAUUAACCAUUUUUUUUUUUAUAAAACACUGUACAUUAUGUUCCUGUGUGUUGAAUUUUUAAAGAUUCUUUACUUGGAUAUUCAUGUAAUAUAUAAAGGUUUGGUGAAAUGAACUUUCGUUAGAGAAAAAAGCUGACAUCAGCUUUCAUCUGUGUAAGUUGACACCAAUGUGUCAUAAUAUUCUUUAUUUUGGGAAAUUAGUGUAUUUUAUAAAAAUUUUAAAAAGUAAAAAGACUACUACAGGUUAAGAUAAUUUUUUUACCUGUCUUUUCUCCAUAUUUUAAGCUAUGUGAUUGAAGUACCUCUGUUAAUAGUUUCCUGGUAUGAAGUUGGUUAAAAUUUCAUCUGUUAAUAGAUCACUUAGAUAAUAUAAUGUAUGGGUUUUCUAUUGGUUUUUUGGAAACAGUAGAUGGAGAUUUUGUAACAAGGGCUUGUUACGCAGCAAUGGUAAUGAUAAAAUUGCAAUUUAUCAUUCCUUUUCAUGUUAGUAAUUUGAAGACUGGAGAAAAGGUUCAAGAUUAAAAUUUGAUGUUCAACCAU